AUCCCAAACCCUUCUUCCCCUAUUUAUUAUACUCUCUUCUUCCCGAUUAAUCGUGCCAGCCUUUUCAUGUCCCUUCUUCCGCCGGUUAGGCCUCCGCGUUCUGUGACGAAUGGGGCGGUUCAGCGCGUGAUCAGUCGCCAUUGUUGCCCUUCUCGAGCUUCCGAGGAGCUAUAAGCCGAAAAGGUUGGGGACAAGAUUUUUGAGUCUGAUGGACAUCAUCAUAAAGCUAAUCAAAGCAGCAUUUUUCAUGCUGCUAAUGCUGUGGUUGCUGAGGGAUAUUUUGAGGCAUAAAAGACAAGGAAAUACGGAUGAUAAUGCUUCGAGACCAAGGGAAAGAGCCACCAUCUUCGAGAAGAUUGUAGUUGCAUUGAACUUAUUCAUAGCAAUUGCUUACCUGGUAUUUUCUCUGCGUGAAAUAUGGAUAUGUAAGAGCAUUUCCUUUGACGGUUAUUUCUUCUCAGCAUUGACUUGGACUGCAGCUAGUUUAGCAUCUCUCUAUACAUUAAACCGAAACCGUGGAGAAGAUAAUGGGUGGCCUUUGUUGCUUAUUCUCUGGUGGGUCUUUUCAGCAGUAUAUUGUCUAGUUUUGGCCAUUCUUCAUCUUCUCACCCUUUACGGCUUCAUUAAAGCUCCAUUAGUUUUUCAAAAGGCACACACCAUUGAUUUGGUUACUCUACCACUGUCAGUUGGGUUGUGUUUCAAUGUGCUACCCAUGUUUUCUGCCACGAAGCGGAAUGAUGCUCAACGUCCAUUUCUUCAAAAAGAGCACCAUGAUCCCUUUUCUAGUGCUGGGAUUUGGAGCCAUGCUAUGUUCAUGUGGCUUAAUCCUAUGUUUAAAAAGGGAAGUGAUGAAAAAUUGAGAUUGAAACACAUCCCAUUGGUUCCUGAAAUGGAUAUGGCUGAUUAUGCUUCAUCUUUGUUGGAAGACGCCUUUCGGGUGCAGAAAACUCCUUCGCUUCCAAGUGCCAUACUCCAAGCUGUUCGGUGGCCUCUUGCUGCGAAUGCGGUCUUUGCAGGUGUUAACACAAUUGCUUCAUAUACAUGUCUCUUGCUGAUCACGAGCUUUGUGAAGUUCUUAUCAGAAAAGUGUGACAAUUCAAACUACUUGCACCGUGGAUUACUUCAAGCGUUUGUGUUCUUUUUUGCAAAAACCAUGGAAUCAUUGUCCCAAAGACAAUGGUAUUUUGGUGCUCACCGUAUAGGCAUUAGAAUCAGAGCUGCUCUCAUGGCGUUGACAUACAAGAAGUCUCUACUGAUCAAGCAUGAUAUCAAGAGCAAUGGGAAAGUCAUCAAUUUUCUAAAUGUAGAUGUCGAGAGGAUAGGAGACUUCUUCUGGCACAUUCAUGGAAUCUGGUUGCUCCCCGUUCAGGUCAUUUUUGCUUUGGUAAUACUGUACUUGAACUUAGGUGCUGCUCCAUCAAUUGCCGCAUUGUUCACCACAGUUAUUGUGAUGGUGAGCAACACUCCGCUUGCCAGCACUGUUCUUUCAGCUUUAGCAACUUUUCGUAUCCUGCAAGAGCCCAUCUACAAUCUCCCUGAACUGAUUUCUGUGAUUGCUCAAACUAAGGUUUCUGUUGAUCGGAUGCAAUGCUUCAUCAGAGAGGAAGACCAAAAGAAAUUGACGGGAUAUCUUGCUCCUGACACAACAGAAGUAGCAGUUGAGAUUGAGCCCGGAGAAUAUUCAUGGGAAAGUGAUUACUUGCGAAAGUCGACAAUUAAGAUAACUGAGAAAUUAACAAUCCGAAAGGGAUGCAAAGUGGCAAUUUGCGGUUCAGUUGGUUCUGGCAAAUCAAGCUUACUCUGCAGCAUUAUGGGUGAGAUUCCAAAGGUUUGUGGGCGGAACAUCAAGAUUAAGGGUUCAAAGGCGCUGGUAACUCAAAGUGCAUGGAUUCAGACGGGAACUGUCAGAGAGAACGUGUUGUUUGGGAAAGAAAUGGAUAAAGGCCAAUACCAUGAUGUUCUGGAACGGUGUGCCUUAAAGCGUGAUAUUGAGAUGUGGGCUGAUGGAGAUCUUACUAUGGUGGGAGAAAGAGGGAUAAACUUAAGUGGGGGGCAAAAACAACGGAUUCAGUUGGCAAGGGCAGUUUACAGUGAUUCAGACAUAUAUCUCCUAGACGAUCCUUUCAGUGCUGUUGAUGCUAAAACUGGUGCUCAUAUCUUCAAGAAAUGUCUGAUGGAGAUUCUUCAUGGCAAAACUGUUAUUUAUGCCACACAUCAAUUAGAAUUUUUAGAUGCCUCAGAUCUUUUACUGGUAAUGAAAGAUGGCAUGAUAGUUCAAUCGGGAAAGUAUGAAAAUCUUAUUGCAGAUUUGAAUGGUGAGCUUGUUAGCCAUAUGGCUGCACACAAGAAAUCGUUAAAUCAAGUCAGUCCUCCCAAGAACUGCAUAAACCCAUGUCAGAAGCCAAACACAUUGAUGAUUGAAAUGAUAGAAGAAUGUGAAGAAUUCACCCGUGAUGAUAAGCAGUUGGAAAACUCUCAGCAGGAAGAGACUGAAACCGGCCGAGUUAAGUGGAAUGUCUACUCCACUUUUGUCACUUCGGCAUGUAAAGGGUAUCUGGUCCCUCCUGUUCUUUUGUGUCAGAUAUUUUUCCAGGGGUUGCAAAUGGCAAGUAAUUACUGGAUGGCAUGGGGAACUGAAAAGGGAAGUGUUUCUAGAGUGCGAUUGAUUGGGAUAUUUGUGUUGUUGUCCGGUGGAAGCACUAUCUUUAUCUUGGGGAGAGCAUUUUUGCUUUCAACCAUUGCAAUCGAGACUUCACAGCAGCUUUUUACUGGAAUGAUUAAAUCGGUUUUCGGUGCACCUUUGUCAUUCUUCAAUUCUACUCCGUCAAGCAGAAUUCUCAACCGUUCAUCCACAGAUCAAAGCACGUUGGACACAGAUAUACCUUACAGAUUGGCAGGUCUGGUAUUUGCUCUUAUACAACUACUAAGCAUCAUUGUACUCAUGUCUCAAGCUGCAUGGCAGGUCUUUAUCAUCUUCCUUGUCAUACUCCCCAUCUCUGUGUGGUAUCAGUCUUAUUACAUCAAAUCUGCUAGAGAACUAGCCAGGAUGGUUUCUAUUCAGAAAGCUCCAGUUCUCCAUCACUUCUCAGAGUCAAUCCAUGGGGCUGCAACAAUUCGCUGCUUUGCUCAGGAAUCUCGCUUCUUGAAGAAGAACUUGAGUUUAAUUGACGAUUAUUCGCGUGUUUCAUUUUUUAAUGUUGCCGCCAUGGAAUGGCUUUGCCUACGAAUCAACUUCCUAUUCAACCUUGCCUUUUUAUUUCUUCUCGUCAUUUUGGUGAACCUUCCAAGAUCAGCAAUUGACCCCAGCUUGGCAGGACUUGCUGCUACAUAUGGCUUAAAUCUCAAUGUUCUUCAAGCUUGGGUCAUUUGGAACCUUUGCAAUGUCGAGAACAAAAUGAUUUCGGUGGAAAGAAUACUACAGUUCACCAAUAUACCUAGCGAAGCUCCACUCGUCAUUGAAAACAGCAGACCAAAGACUGAGUGGCCAGAGUGUGGAAGAAUUCAAAUCGAUAAUCUCCACGUGCAAUAUAGCCCUGAUCUCCCUUUAGUUCUAAAAGGAAUCACCUGCACUUUUCCCGGGGGAAAGAACAUCGGUGUGGUUGGAAGAACAGGAAGUGGCAAAUCUACGCUCAUCCAAGCACUCUUCCGGGUAGUAGAGCCAUCACAAGGCCGGAUAGUGAUUGAUGAAAUAGAUAUCUCGAAGAUUGGCUUGCAAGAUCUUAGGUCUCAGCUGAGUAUAAUACCACAAGAGCCAACCUUGUUUCAAGGAACUGUGAGGACGAACAUUGACCCUCUUCAGCAGCACACAGACCCUGAUAUCUGGCAGGUUCUGGGAAAAUGCCACCUUGCUGGGAUAGUAAAGCAGGAUUGCAGACUCUUAGAUGCCCCAGUUGCAGAAGAUGGAGAAAACUGGAGUAUAGGGCAAAGGCAGCUCGUUUGUUUGUCGCGGGCCUUACUACAGAAGAAGAGAAUAUUGGUUCUUGAUGAGGCUACUGCUUCAGUGGAUACUGCAACUGACAAUGUGAUUCAGAACACAAUAAGAGAAGAAACCAGUGGUUGCACAGUCAUAACUGUUGCUCAUCGAAUUCCCACUGUCAUUGACAGUGACAUUGUUCUUGUUCUUGAUGAAGGAAGAAUUCUUGAAUAUGAUUCUCCUGCUCGGCUACUGGACGAUAGUUCUUCUGCAUUUUGUAACUUGGUGAGUGAAUUCUUGAGGAGGUCCACCAAGGCUAACCAAUUCUAAUCUCUGGCUUGGAAACAUUCUCCACUUAUACAUGCAUUCCAAUCCCAAGUAGACACCGAAAUUGGGAAACAACCUGAGACAGGUGUCAGUUUUGAAAAUUUUCUCCCAGUCUCUAACACAUCCUAGUUAGGAGGAAGAUGUAGAAAGAAGGGACCCUGCGACUGAAACAAAGGUUUUCUCAACUAACCUGCACGGAACAGUACGAUGUUUAUCUAUACCUAGGACUAAUGUCUCUCUGCUUGGGGAAGUGCACAAUGUUGGCAUCAUUUCAGGAUGGUCACUUGGCGUGUUCUUUACAACUGGGAAUCGGCACAGACGGCCAUAUGCGGCUUACAUCCUUGUACAAAUUAAGCUAGAUGGAUGCCUAGACGCUACCCGGAUGCACCUUUAGGUACUCUUUUUCCUUCCUUUUAGAUCAGAUACUUCGGUAAGUAAACGUGUGCAUAUCAUGUAGGGUUUGAGAUGCAAUAAUUUGUAAGGACUUGA